UUUGUACACGCGUACUCGUCUGUGGUAGUAGUACUUGGAAAAUGUACUGUAAAGAAGUGUUAAUUUCCCAAAUAAAUCGUUAACUAUUGUGUCAGAUAGUAUUUUGCAAGUUUGCUGUGUUCUUCAUUCAAUGUAGAUUUUUGUCACUAGCCAUGCCGAGUAGUUGUUGCGUUGUCGGCUGCACGAACAGAGCCCAUCGCGGUGAGUCACCUCUUGGAUUUUUUCGGGUACCGAGAAAGCCCCCUCGACGGGGUCUCUGGCUGUCUAAGAUCAACCGAAAACCCGACUGGAAUCCCAAGGUGGGAACCAGGAUAUGUGGGGCACACUUCGUUUCAGGGAGACCUUCGCCCUGGGAGGACAACCCUGACUACGUACCCACAAUAUUUCCCAAGAGAAGAGCGGCAGCCUUUUCCAUGACUCUAAGACAGGAGCAGAGCUUAGCCAAGAUCAAGAAAUCCCGUCCUGUGACUGCUGCAGAAGGUUGCAGCAAGGUUACAACAAGUGCUGCAGAAAUACUCUUCACUUUUGCAAGCCGCUUUGAAAACCAAGCCACAGAUCAAAGGAUGAAGACUCCGGAACCUGUGAAAGCCAAGACGGCACAUUCAAUUCCUAAGGAAGAGAAUGAAAUACUGUAUGAUGAGAUCCAGUCGUUUCUUAAUGAUGUGCAGCAGCCAGAAGACCCCGGGGUGCAACAGCCACAAGCCUCAGACUCCGGGUUGAAAGAUAAGACAGACCAAAGCAAUUUCAGAUUUGACUCUCUCAAAAGUGACCCUGAAAUGCUCGAGUUUUUCACAGGAGUGUAUACAGCAGCCAUUUUCAUGUGGAUGCUAGACAACAUGAGAGAAAAGGUUACUUACAUUGAUACCCAGCUUGGCAUGGAGGACCAUCUGUUGAUUGUCCUGAUGAAGUUGAAGUUGGGCCUACUGAACAAGGAUCUAGCUAACCGUUUCGGUGUCAGCAGUGGGAUUGUGACAAAGAUAGUUACUCAGUGGAUUCCCCAUCUAGCCACAGUCAUGAAGGAGCUGAUCGUCUGGCCUGAUGUGGUAACGGUGCGUCAGCAUAUCCCAUCAGCCUACUGGAAAGAUUUUCCGACUGCCCGUUGUAUCAUUGACUUUCCGGAAAUACUUAUAGACAGGCCAUCUGACUUAUCAACUCGGCAACAGACUUGGUCUACCUGCAGAACAAAUAACACUAUUAAGUACUUCAUUGCCAUGACGCCAUCUGGAGCCGUCAGCUUUCUCUCCAGUGGCUAUGGUGGCAGUAUGUCUGAGAAGGACAUAGCUACGAAGUCUUGUUUUUUCAAUCUUGUCCAGUGCGGUGAUGAAAUUUUAGCUGAAAGAAACUUUCCCAUCCGAUGUGAACUCGCCAUCCGAGGUGCCACUCUUAAGAUUCCUCUGUACUCGACAACAGGAAAGACAAAACUUUCUGAGGGUCUCGUGGAACAAUCAAGAAAACUUUGCCAAGCGCGCGUCCAUGUUGAGAAAUUAUUAGGCAAAUUGAAGAGCUUUCAAAUUCUACAGAAAUCUAUUCCUGGAUCAGAAAUUAGUUUACUUGAUGACUAUGUUAUGGUGAUAGCUGGACUUAUAAAUCUGUCACCAGUGCAUGAGGCAGUAAGGGUUGAAGUCCCUGGGCAGUCCGAAAUAGUGCGAGUGUGUAUAAGGGAGAAGAAUCGAUAGAAAUAUUUUUUGCAAUCACUGUGUUUUUUUGUACCUUGAUGCCAUGUACAACAUUUUGACACCAAUGUCAUUAUGCUCUACUGUCUGCAACGCAUUUGCGUGUAACGAUGAGGUAAGCUUGACUGCCGUUUCACCUACAAAGCGCUCUGUACUUUAUAAAUGGGGACACUGACUCCAAAAAUGGGGCACCAAGACUGUGAUGUUGGUGUUUGGGUGAAUUGGGUCAGCUUUUGUCUUAAAGAAGUUAUGGGUGAUUCUCAUUACGGAGUUACUAGGGCUCCAUUAAAGAAUUGAAUGUUUUAGAUAUUUUGGAUUUAAAAAUAAAUUGUUAAGAUUAUUAUGACAGGUCUCUGCUCUUUGUCUUCAAGUGUCAACAUAUAAGAGGUUAUUCCAGGGGUGGAAUACUAGCCGCUAGGUUGUUUUUCCAGUCUACAAUAUUCAAAGAUGAAAAUACUUGGACAUGCAAACUAUCCCCAGAAAAGUUCUUUGAAUCACCUUAUCUAAUCAAUAAUAUGAGAAGAAAAACAACAACUUGAUUUUUUUAGCUAAUAUUUCCCAAGUUCUCGCUUUGCUAAGUCAGUCUGUGUAGGUUGAUAGAUCCCAAGGAAGUAUAGAAGAAUAAAGUUGUGGCAGAUAUAGGUCUAGUGUACACUAGACUCAAGUUCUGGUGUUAGUGGGGUGUGGGUUCGAGUCCCGGUCAUGACAAUGGUGUCCUUGAGCAAGACACCAUAAUUGUGUCAAUCAUCUUUUGGCUGGGAUGUGAAGCUGUCUGGAUCUGUGUCAUGCACGUAAGAGAACCCAGAAUAUUUAUCGUUAAAGGGAAGGUACAUGUUUGGUAAUUACCCAAACAAAUAUCAACUUAAAAACCGACUUGGCAAC